AUGUCUGAGCCAUCAGGAGUCCUGCCCACCACGGUGAAUGAGUCGACAGCCAUAAUUUUAUUUGGCGCGAGCUCCAGCGAGGCCGCCCAUAGCUCCCCAACCCGCAGUUGGUGUCUGGAAGGUCCCCCACCGAGAGGCAUUCUCAAGAGAGGGGUUAGUGAUCGCACAUCUCCGGCGUAGAUUCUGCAGAUGGCGGGGAUUUCGUACCUCAGCCCAUGCGGGUGCGAGCGAAAAUGGGUGCGUGCUGCAGAAGUCGGGUCGGGUCUCCGCGUCUCUCGCUCUGCAGAUCGGGGGGCGAAGAGAUUCAGUUUCUCGAUGUCUUCCGAGGUAAGAGCGCAUGCCGAAAUCCGAAUAUCGUUUGCCGAGGUCCUCUUUUCUGGAUCUCACCACGAAUUGUUCUUCCACCAUGUUUAUUUAUAACAAUCCAGAAACUUUGAAGGAGCCAUAGCGUCCCUCCCUUUCCCCCUCCCCCUUCCCACCCCCCGCUCUGUUUCUGCCUUUUAUGUUUUUUUUCCGCUUGUUACUCGGUUCUUUUCCUAUCCCAUAGCGAAGUUCGUAGCUUCCUACAUUAGUUACAAUGACUCACAGUAGUGACAGUCUAUCUCUGGUAUCACAUGGAAUCAGUAGCUACGGUGUGGUAGAGCUGCAGUCUAGGUGGUAACUCCACAGGUUUUGAAUAAUCAAUCAUUUAGUUACAUAUUAUUGGUUUUUCACGGAAAUUUAGUCCUUUCACCAUACCUUGUAUAGUUUUUCAUUUAAUUUAUGCAUUAAACAUGGUGAUGAUGGUGUUGGUGUUUAGAUGGUAUUUCGGUGAAUUCUGCUCGAACUUUUCUGCGCAAUCUUUUUGUUAGGGGAAUCUCUCUGGCGGGAAGAAAAAUACCGAGUUGAUUUUUCUUAACUACCGCCAGGGGUAACUUGUCUUCUUUUCACUGGCCAUUUUCAAUGCAAGCAACUGUAGUUCUGUUUCUGAGCGUGGACCAAUGUUCUCAUACUAGAAAGUGGUUUCUGGAAAUGUCGAGCGCUAAUCUGCCGAUUUUUUGGGUUUUGUUUUUUAGGUGUAUGCAUUCUCAAGUGGUCGAUUAUCCUCCAGUUCAGCAGGGAAGGCACCUACGGCAAAUGUUAAUCGCUGUGUUAAUAUGGCCUUGGUAGAUGAAAGACCCUCCCGUAGUCUACAAAUGCCUACGAAUACUGGAGUCCUGGUAAGCUUCCUGCGAGCCAUAUCUCGUGCUUAAUAUUUAAAUUUAUUUGAUUCCCACUGAAUUACCUAUUCUUCAUCAUUUGGCAGGCCUAUGAUCUGGUUCAAGGAGCUCUGGUAAGUUCAGUCAUACUUUUAAUGGAUGGAAUCUGAAACAUCUCUGCUUGUGUUUCUUCCCUAUCUUGAAGCAAUUAUUUUCUUGAACUUCAGAGACAUAUUUCUCUCCCGAUCUAGGGAACCAUGUUUUGCAUUUUCUUGGGAUGUAUUUUCUGCUAUUCAGGAGACAUUUUCCGUUUUCCACACUUUAAUGAUGUAAGAGUCAUUAUUUAGAAGAUGAGAAUAUUCAGAUUCCCCGUUCAUCAGGACAUAAUUUUUUUUAGAAUUUAAAAUUUUGCGCCUGUUUUAUUAUCAAUAUCAUUUAUUUAGAAACAUUGUGCAGGUUAGAUGGAAUUCUUUGAUGGACAAGUCAGUACCUGAUCCACCAACUGCUGUUCUUCUUCAUGGAAUUCUAGGUUGCAGGAAAAACUGGGGUUAGUAUUUGUCCUGGGUACCUUAAAUAUGCUGUAACUUUCGUGAUUCCAACUGCAUAUCUUUCCGAGUUAAAUGGCUCACCUUUCUGCAUCAUCGUUCUAAGACAAGGGAAAUGAUUUUUUGCCACUUAUAAAUUUUAAUAGAUUAAAUGAAAGCCGAAAAGUAGGUGUUGAUGGUUCAGACAAGCAGAUGAUCUGCAGUGAAAGUGCCAUUCUUCAUAAAACUACUUGCUACUUAUCUCUCUGUAAGAAGCAGCUCUCAUCUCCUGGGCCUCCACAUGCUAAUAAGUAAGAUUUCUGCCUCGAUUCGGUGGCAUAACAGGUGAACCCUUGUUAUGAAGGACACCUGUGAGCUGGCUUAGUUUAGUGUACGAUAUGCCAAAAAAAAAAAGAAAAAAAAGAGGAAGAUGAAGAAGAAUAGUUCAGCUUCGUUUUCCUUAGACCAGUUCCCCAAUGGCUGCCAUUGUAUCUCUGCUCAACUUAUUAUGGAGCUACAUCGACACCUGGCUAAACCUCAGUGUUGUACUCUAAAAGUCAUGCUGAACUGGGCUCCAGAUGCUUGUCUUUAGCCAUGAUUUUGUUUUUUGCCUGCAUGCAGUUUUAGUCAGCUGCAAUUUUAUUUUUUUCAGCUAUUCACCCUUAUUUAUUUUUCACCUUAAUCCUCAAUCAUCAGGAUCCUUUGCUAGAAGAUUAGGCCAAGAGUUUCCAAUGUGGCAGGUAUUUUGGACUCGACAAUGUCUUUGUUUCUGAGUUUUAAGCCAGACUUUGAAUCUAUGUCGAUUAAUUCCAUUUUCUUUCAUAGAAAGUAGCUUUUUGUUGCAUUGGGGUUUCCCUCGUGUCGAGAAAACCAUUUUCUAUUUCGUCCUUUAAAUUUAUUCUAACUUAAUCUAAUAUUUUCAAACAGUUUCUUUUAGUUGACUUGCGUUGCCAUGGUGAAUCUACAAUGUUGAUGAAGCAUGGCCCUCACACUGUCGCAUCGGCUGCUCUCGAUGUUCUAAAGCUGGUACCCUGUUCGCUCCUAUUUCCUUUUAUACCUUAAUAUUAAUCUUCCUUUUUUUUCUUUUUUUCUUUUUAAAUUUGAUCCCUGAUCGGAUACCACCUUGUGGAUUCCUGCUUAUCAAAUUGGUUUAUUAUUCAGCAAUCCUGUUUACGAGUUACUCUGUGGAUUUAUAGGUGAGGCAGCUCAGAGUGACACCCCGAGUCUUGAUUGGCCACAGCUUCGGUGGAAAGGGUAUCCUUUCUCUUCGUUUACGUCCCUCUAGUCAUUUAAUGUUCAUAUUAACCUCGCUCAUGGCGCCUCUGGUUUAUUUUUUAUUUAUGAAUUAUAUGUACUCUGUGCAGUGGCCUUGAGCAUGGUGGAACAAGCAGCGAAGCCUCUUGCACGGCCUGUUAGGGUAAAAAUCUCUGUCGAUAUGUUCAUAAAUGUUGAAUUUUCUGGUUUCGUAAUUUAUGUCCCCUUUUUUUUUAUAUAUCCGAAGGUCUGGGUUUUGGAUGCAACACCAGGGAAGGUUCGCCCAGGAGGCCAUGGAGAAGAUCGCCCCGGUGAACUCAUAGCAUUCCUCAGUCGAAUGCCCAAACAGGUAUAUAUCCUCAGGCGUCUUCCUCAUCUCCUUACUGCAUUGCAUCCCCAUUUUCUCAUUUGAUGUUGUUGUGGUUUCCAAGGUUUCCUCCAAACGAGAAGUCGUUGAAGCGCUUCUUCGGGAAGGCUUCUCUCCAGAUGUAUCGCAGGUGCGUUAAGAACUGAGAUCUUGCUCCGAGAAUCAUCCGUCCAGUAUAUGAACUGCUGUGUCUUUCUCGUUCUUAGUGGGUGGCGACAAAUCUUCGGCGGACCGAGGAUUCGGGAUCCUCAUCGCCAGGUUUCUCCUGGGUCUUUGACCUAAAUGGCAUCUCUGAUAUGUAUCGAUCGUAUGAAGAAACAAAUUUAUGGUAUUUUCCUCGAUCUAAUGAUUCAGUUAAUUUCCCUUCUCCUCGGUGCACUGAUCUCCAUACUCAAUAUAGUUUUCCGUUGACUUUUGUUCCUGUUUCCGUACUCCUGCAGGAAAGUAGUCGAGGAUGUCCCCCGAGGAGUCCACGUAAACUUCCUCAAAGCAGAAAGAAGCCUGCACAGAUGGGCUCUCGAAGAUAUCCAGAGAAUCCACGCUGCGGAGGAGUUGGCUGCAGAGGAGGGCGCUGGGGUCCAGAUGCAUGUUCUUGAAGAUGCUGGUCAUUGGGUAUGGGAAUCUGGCAUCAUGAGUCUUCCUUUAUCCUCUAGGGUUCAGUUUCUCAGAUCGAAACCAGGCAUCGAAUUCAUCCAUUCGUAUUUAUAGCACUGCUGGAAAGGCCUUCUAUGCCUCCGAUCGAUGGGAUCCUGGCUGAUUCUCUUCCCUGUUUCGUGCCGUGCUGUUCUUCAGGUUCAUACGGACAACCCAGAUGGACUGUUUAGGAUUCUCUCCUCAACCUUCCACGGAUUCCAGAAGAGGUGA